AUGCAGCGAGACACAAGUCUACGAGAUCCCUUUGCGACCGAGGAUGAGUCAUCAGCAUCCGAGAUUGGUCGAGCGCCGGAGCGCCGUCUAAGAAUACCUCAGAAUCAGCUCCGCAAUGCCGAUGAGCGUUGCGAGAUACGGUCGCCACAGCCAGUACCAGGACCAGGGCUACCGCGCUCCAUAGCAGUGAGGACAGAGACUGCAGCCACAAGCAAGGACGCACCUGCUCCAGCUCCGUCUCUACGUCUAUCACUGGGCCUGCCUCGUAGUCGCACCAAAGCCCACAGUGGGCAGACUAGCGAUGCCACCAACAUAACCAGCACAGCGAGACAAGCGGAUGAUGCGGUGCGAAACACUGACUCAGACGCACUGCUAUCACGUCUCUCAGCUCUGAAGCUCGGCUACUUGCCUUCGGAGCCCUUUACACAGGAGUUUUCCUCCACAUUGCCGUCCAACGGUGGACAUCCUACAGGCCGAUCCGGCUUUCCUCAACCACAUCACCCCGGUUCUUCAAUACGGAGGUCCCCACUGAUCAACAUAGGCACUUAUCUUCGUUGUUCCACCAUCGAUGCCGAGGUUGAAUCGUUUUUACGGCAGGGCUGUGAGCAGAAGCAGAUCAUUUCAGUAGGAGCGGGGAGCGACAGUCGUUAUUGGCGGAUCAUGGCAGACACCGACUUGUCUAGACGCCUGCAUCACUAUGUGGAAAUCGACUUUGAAGAGAACACGAGCCAAAAGCUCUCGCGUAUCUUGAAAAGUCCGAUCCUGCGUGCGUCUCUGGACACAAAUUCGAGCGUUUAUGGGGUUCCCCUAAGUCAUCUUUCGCAGUUCAGUCUGGGCGUGCCAUGUCACACUGGAUCUGAAUCGCGGCAGUUUGACGUGAUUCGCUCAUCGAAAUACUCGCUGCUUGCUGCAGAUGUACGGAGUCUGCACCCUGAUACUCCAUCCGCUGAGCGCAUCGACUUGGAACACUUGCUGGGUCCAGCAAGCACGGGGCUGGAUUCAACCCUGCCAACCCUGAUCCUGUUUGAAUGUGUCUUGGCUUACAUUGCCCCAGACAGAGCCGACUGGCUCAUCCGACACCUCGGUCAACGCUUUGCUGCUGUUCAAGCACUGAGCUACGAUAUUGCGCUUGCUGGAGACGCGCAUCCCUCUGCAAAAGCGGUUGCCUGUGUAAGCAGCGAAAGCGAAAGCAGUGAAUGUGGCCAGACUGUCGGGACUGCCGACAGCGCCAUCUCCACUUCGACUACUGUCGCGUCUCCUGCUCCGCCAUCGCGCUUUGGUAGGGUCAUGCUGCAGAACCUUGAGAUGCGCAAACUCUCGCUUCCCGGAGCCAGAGCCUACCCCACGAUCCACGCACAAAGCCAACGUUUUGCCCAAGCCUGGUCCGAUAGCCAAGCAUUGCAGAUCGAGACGUCAGGCAGAAGCCUCUUUUCGAUCUGGUCGGACCUGGGAGCGGAACAAAGGAGCAGGCUCUCAAGACUCGAAGGUCUCGACGAGGUCGAAGAGAUCGACAUGCUGCUGCAACACUAUUGCAUCGUUCAGGCACGUCGACAACGGCCAUGA